AUGGACAAUUGGCAGUCACCGUUGUCGAGUCGUUAUGCCAGCAAAGAAAUGUCGCACCUUUUCUCGAAUGCUAUGCGUUUCGGGACGUGGCGUCAGCUGUGGCUCAACCUCGCCAUCGCCGAGAAGGAGCUGGGUCUGCCAAUCCCUGACGAGGCCAUUGAACAGAUGCGCGCGCACCUCACCUUGGAUGAAGAGCAGAUGAAACUUGCUGCAGAGGAAGAGAAGCGCCGACGACAUGAUGUGAUGGCGCAUGUACAUGUGUUUGGUGUCAUGGCGCCUGCUGCUGCGCCAUUUAUUCACCUCGGUGCGACGUCGUGUUACGUGACGGACAAUGCCGAUCUCAUUUUCCUGCGCAAGGGCCUGAACCUCCUGCUGCCGAAGCUUGCCGUUGUCAUUCAGCGUCUAGCAUCAUUCGCAGAGAAGCAUCGCGAUCUACCCACGCUUGGAUUCACGCACAUGCAGCCGGCGCAACUUACCACCGUGGGUAAACGUGCGACGCUGUGGAUCCAGGACCUGCUGUGGGAUCUGCGUAACCUUAGCCGUGCACGCGACGACCUUGGCUUCCGUGGCGUCAAGGGCACCACAGGUACGCAAGCCAGCUUCCUGCAGCUUUUUGAUGGUGACCACGACAAGGUCGAGGCUCUGGACGAGCGCGUAACAGAGCUCUUCGAAUUCCCGUAUGCCAUGCCUGUGACGGGCCAGACCUACUCUCGCAAGAUCGAUAUCGACGUGCUUUCGCCGUUGGCGUCCUUCGCUGCGUCUGCGCUCAAGAUCGCCACGGACAUCCGUCUCUUGUGCCACCUGAAAGAGGUGGAAGAGCCGUUUGAAAAGGACCAGAUUGGCUCGAGUGCUAUGGCGUACAAACGUAACCCUAUGCGCUCGGAGCGUGUGUGCGGUCUGGCUCGCUGGCUCGGUAACAUACUCAACAGCGCUCGUGAGACGGCCGGUGGCCAAUGGAUGGAACGCACGCUCGACGACAGUGCCAACCGCCGCCUGACGAUCCCUGAGGCGUUCCUGACGGCUGAUGUGAUUUUGACGCUGCUGCAAAAUAUCAGCGAGGGUCUUGUUGUUUACCCUGCUAUUAUUGCCCGCCACAUUGCUGCAGAGCUGCCGUUCAUGGCCACGGAAAACAUUAUUAUGGCUAUGGUGCGCAGUGGUGGCGACAGGCAAGAGUGUCACGAAAAGAUCCGUGUCCUGUCGCACCAAGCUGCCCGAGUCGUCAAGGAGGAGGGUGGUGAGAAUGAUUUGAUUGAGCGUGUGCGCAACGACGCAUACUUUGCUCCCAUCGCUGACCGCCUCGAUGUGCUGCUGGAUCCGUCUAGCUUUACGGGCCGUGCGCCUCAGCAGGUGGACAAGUUCCUUGCUCAGUGGGUCAAGCCGGCGCUGGAGCCGUAUGCUGCCUCGCUGGCCCACACGGGCAGGGCAGAGCUUUCCGUAUAA